CUGGAAAUCUCACGUCCUGAUGCGUGCCGGCGUCCUGUCGACUCGGACCUCUCGCGAGUCCGCCAUUAGCUGUUAGCAAUUCGCAGAGCAAAGCUAAUAAAGUAAGGGAAAAGUAUUUAUUACAUGCUAAAACUAUAAAACUUAAUUUUAGACUAGGUACCGCUUCCGACUGGGCCACUCAAUCACGUGGGUCCGGCUGAUCAGCCUAUUGAUUAGCUGCCUGCGCGCCCGUGCCCGCUGCAAUGCCGCCUCAUCGCCCGGAGCUUCAGGGACGGCGGUUCUGGUCGGGACUCUCGAUUCUGUCCAAGAGAUCAUACACGACAUCAUCGUUCGAGGCCGACGACGAGCGGUCCGACAGCGACGAGGAGAUGAGCCUCCGCGAUAGCUUCGACAGCGACGAGCGCCCCGGCGUGCCGGCUUACAAGGGCCAUGAUGCUAGACCGACUAGCAAGAAGGAGCUCUGGGGAUGGUACAUGUAUGGCUUCGCGGCCGAGACAUAUGUGAUUUGCGGCAUUGCUUCCUUCAUCCCUAUUCUCUUGGAGACGCUCGCUCGAGAAAACGGCGUUCUUCUUUCGAACCCAGACAAGCCCUGCGGUUCCAGCGACAGUAAAUCAGAGGAUGAUGGCCAAUGCAUUGUAUAUGUAUUCGGCAUCCAGAUCAACACGGCAAGCUUUGCCAUGUAUACCUUUUCCGUCAGUGUUUUGCUACAGGCGCUCCUCGUCGUUAGUAUCAGCUGUGCUGCGGACCAUGGCAACUACAGAAAGCGGCUUCUUCUCGGAUUUGCCUGGCUUGGUGGACUUUCGGUGAUGGCGUUCAUCUUCAUCAGCAAGACUACGUACCUGCUCGGCGCCUUGCUGACGAUCAUCUCGAAUACUUCCUUUGGCGCGUCGUUUGUUCUUCUCAACUCGUUCCUCCCUCUCAUGGUUCGUAAUCACCCUGAAGUAAUGGACGCGUAUGCACAGCCAGAGGCGCCUAUUCUCGCCGAUCCAGCUCUAGAGUCAACUGAUGACCUAGAAGAAGCCAUGGUCAACUCCACCUCCGGCUUGCUACCUCCUGACGACCGGCCUUCAAGGUAUGGGCUGAAGCGAGUGCCCACUCAUGAGGAAAUCACCUCCAAAGAGCUUCAACUUUCUACGCGCAUUUCCUCUUUUGGUAUUGGCAUUGGCUACAGUGCUGCCUUGUUCGUGCAGUGCGUCUCGAUUGUCAUCCUCUUGGCCAUGAAAAACACGACAUGGUCGCAGAGGGUGGUGCUAUUCAUGGUUGGGACUUGGUGGUCUGUUUUUACCAUCCCUUCUGCCAUGUGGCUUCGACCUAGGCCCGGGCCACCUCUUACGGUACACGGGCAGAAGAACGGCCCCUCGUGGUGGACGUACUUCAAGUACUCGUGGAAAUCCCUAUUUCGCACUGUUUCGCUGGCAAGGCGGCUGUUGGAUAUCAUGCUCUUCCUAGGGGGAUGGUUUCUUCUGUCGGAUGCGAUUGCCACAACGUCGUCUACUGCUGUUCUAUUCGCCAAAACCCAGCUUCACAUGAAGCCCUGGGCCCUGGGCAUGAUCAAUGUCAUUUCUACCAUGUCUGGAAUCUUUGGCGCUUUUGGCUGGUCGUGGAUUUCCCGCGCAUUCAACCUGAAGCCUCAUCAGACAAUUCUUGUUUGCAUUGCACUCUUUGAGCUUAUUCCGAUUUACGGCUUGAUGGGUUACCUUCCCUUCAUUCAGCGGUGGGGCGUCAUGGGCCUGCAGCAGCCUUGGGAAAUGUAUCCUCUGGCAGCCGUAUAUGGUCUGGUCAUGGGCGGUCUGAGUAGCUACUGUCGCUCGUUGUUUGGCGAACUGAUCCCACCCGGAUCCGAAGCCGCCUUUUACGCGCUCUAUGCAAUCACCGAUAAAGGGUCCAGCGUUUUCGGGCCUGCUAUUGUUGGUGCCAUCAUCGACAAAACUGGAAGCAUCAGGCCCGCGUUCUGGUUUCUUGCCGCGCUUGUUGGAUUCCCUGCCCCUCUUAUCUGGCUCAUCAACGUGGAGCGGGGCAAGAAGGAAGGCGAGAAGCUCGCGGAGACUAUCGAGGCAUUUGACGUAGAGGACCACGGCAGAGAAGAGGGGGAGCAAGAAGACGAGGAAACAGCCCGUGGCAUGUUGGCAGACUAUGAAGCCGCAGAGGAGAACGGAGACACGACACAUCGACAUUGAGAUUGGAUAUUCACUUCAUUCCUCUAUGAUGGUCAGAGCGCUUUUGUUUUUGGAACUUGCUUGUUUGUUUGUUUGUUGGAGUUAGUUUUGUCUCGAUUGAUAACCUAUGCAUAGCGUAGGCGUUGUGGUUGAUUAUUAGUGAAUUUUGGAUAUGCCGUAAAUACUAGUGGCCCCUGUAAUGUGAUGGAGCUUGAAUCAGAUGCUUUGACCGUUUAUAAUACUCUUCUCCAAAAGCUGAACGAAAUACGUGAUACGUUUGGGUUUGUUUCGUUUGUAAGUAGUUGAUGUAAUGGACAGUAAUUGAGUGAUGCCGUUAGUGUCUACCAGUGUGACUUGAUGUGACGUCUGGUUGGUUCUACCAACACGGCAUGACUACUGAUGGUGCCAUGAGCUCCAUCAACGCUUUAGCGGUUCCCAAUUGGGUAGGACGUGCAGAUAAUCUGCAUCACUGGAACUAGGACCACUCGUUACGGGCGCUGGGCUGUCAGUGUUAGUCGCGGUUCAGCUCCAGCUACGAUUGCUAGUCGGCGGCUAAAGCAACUGCCAGCAGUCCAAGCACCUACUAGGGCAAUUCGAUUUGCAGUCCGUGAUACAGCAGAGGAGCAGCAGAGCACGCUAAGAGAAACAAGCAGCAACAGCAGCAGCAGCAGUUGCGGGGAGUCUGUUUUGCUCGAGAUAGGCCUGCAUCGCCAAAGUGGGUAACUGGGCGUGACGAUGUACUCGGUGGCUGUUAGCGCCUAGGCAGGUACAAGCAUCAGCCUCUCUUUUUUUUUUUUUUUUU